GGCGCUCACAGCGAGGCUUGGAUAUCACAUGGAGGGACAAGGCAUCAGAUAAGUGGGAAAAAAAGAGUAAGUACUUCCUGUGCGUGUAAUAAUCAUUGAGAAAAAUACGUAUGCAGAUAACUGGAUUCUGUAAAAAGUUUGAUAAUAUACAAUUUGUGCUAUACAUCAAACUGAGGAAGCAUUGACAGGAAUUCAUUAUAUAUUUCACUGAAUAUGCUAACUUUAAAAGAUCCUUUCUCUUUGUUGAACAGUAAUCAUGGCAGCUCCUGGUAUAGGAAGAUGUACAUGGAAACGGUAUAAUAAUCAUGCUAUAGUGACUUCACAUUUCUUCAAGAAUCUAAUUUCUUUGAAACACAGAAGAUGCUCAGGAGGAAACACUGGCCAUUCUACAGAAGAAUUUAUUUUUGUUCUGUGCAAGCGGAGACAUUUUAUAAGCGGAGACAAUCUCACCAAGACAUCCCUUCUACAAGGAUUCCAUAGCUUAGGACCUCUAGGGAAAGAGCUAAAGAAAAACCUUGUGACUCAGUGGUGGAACUCAAUGGUCUUAUAUAGAGAAGAGGUUUUAGCCAUUGAUACCUUGUAUCAUAUUCCUUUACAAGCCCAUGCGUCGAAAAAUCCAUUGGUAACAAUAUGUAGUGAGUCUUGGAAAUCACAUCUCCAGGAUAAAGACUGCACUCAAGACAAACCAGUCCCUCUACUGGAAAAUACAAUCAGACAAAAUGGGGUUCUGAGAGAAGAUCUUCUUUGGGGUGCUCUGCAGCAGUACGUCUCGUGUCUGGACCUGAUGAAUAAAAAGCUCCCUUUUGGCCUGGCAGAAAUUGGCAAAUGCUUCAACCCCAUUCCAGACAAAAAUGUUGGGAAAAAGGUCUCCAGGAUAGGAGAACAGACACUGGCAUCCCUGACCUGGUUCAGCUCUGCAAAAACUGCCAGCCAAUGGCGCGAUUACUGGCUGCGUCACAGACUGCAGUGGUGGCAAAAGUUCGCUCAGAGUCCAUCCAGCUUCAGUACCAGCGACCAUCAAGAUGACCAGGGCAGGAAAGUGUCUGAGAUACAGUAUCGCUUUCCCUGGGGAAAGGAACCAAUCGAAAGCCUUUGCAGUAUGGAUGACUCUGCCCUCUUACAGAUGUAUCCUGGGAACAAUACCCAACUGCAUGGUCGAGAUGGGAGGAAGUCUGUGAUUCCGUACGUUUUGUGGGUGAGCGGGAAUCUGGAGCGUGGUUUGUUGGCGUACCUAUCUGAUGCCCUCCAGCUGCCAGAGACCUCACGCCAGACAAAGGACCUAAGAAGGCAGGUCUUAAAGUUUCAUCCAGCAUUGACACCCUUUAAAGUGGCUGUGGACAUGGGGAAGGGACCAGCAGUGGAGUUAAGACUGGUCUGCCAAGGAAUGGCUAGCGAGCUGCGGGAAAAUGGUAUUUCCGUGUGGCCUGGAUAUUUGGAAACCUCACAUGUGCCUCUGGAGAAAUUGUUUACAAGGUACGAUGAGAUGGGGAUCUUAUUCACAGCGCUGGUGAGUGAAAGCACGCUAGAAAACGGACUUCUUCAGCUUCGGAACCGUGAUACAACCUUAAAGGAAACUAUGCAUGUUUCCAAAGUGCGCAAUUUUCUUGAACAGUAUAUCACCGCUGCCAAAAACCUGUGAAACAUAUUAAAGAAGGAUUUUAGAAAA